GGGCCACCAUGAUAUAAGUCCAGCUUGUACCGCGUGAGUCCUCCGCCCGAAGUUUUUGAAUAUGUCCCGCGACCAGGGGCUAACAAUAUUCCUUAACUUGACAUGAGGCGCAUGUGUUCCCCCGCAAGAAUUAUUUAUUAUCCUACGAUAGGACAUGAUACAUGCGCCUCAUAGCAAUAAAGUAAAUCACGCCUCUGUGUCGGUCUACUGUCGAAUUCGCCCCUUAAGUAGUCGUGAUGACGAUAGGAAAGUUGUGAGCACCCCGGAUACAAAGACUGUGUCGCUUGCUCAUGGCGGCGAACACCAUACUUUUGCUUUUGACCGGAUAUUCGACUCAAAAGCAACCCAACAAGACGUCUUUGAGGGUGUUCGCGUGUCAAGGUGCGUGUGUGACGUGCUGGGUGGGUACAAUGCGACUAUCUUUGCCUAUGGACAAACAGCGUCUGGAAAGACACACACGAUGGAAGGCGGAAACAUAUUUCACCCACUGAAAAGCGGUGUCAUUCCACGUGCAGCAACGGCUCUGUUCCGGGCAUGUUCUCAUGCGCCUGCAUACAUUGAAUUUGCGAUCAAAGUGAGCUUCGUGGAAAUAUACAUGGAGCGAAUUCGAGAUCUGCUUGAUACAUUCGGGCGAAAGAGGGGAAAUCUGCGAAUCCGCGAGAACCCUAAUUCGGGGGUAUACGUAGCCGGAUGCACAGAAACAUUUGUGACCAACGAAAAUGAAUUGUUAAUCUGCAUGACAGACGGGCGCAAGUCGCGUGCAACAGCAGCCACAGGAAUGAAUGAGGGGUCAUCUCGGUCUCACAGCGUGUUCUGCAUAACAGUACAACAGAGAAACACAGAAACUGAAGCAAAGCGCGUCGGAAAGUUAGUUUUUGUUGAUCUUGCUGGUUCUGAAAUGGCACGAAAGUCCCAAGCGGUGGGGUUGCAAUUGGAAGAAGCCAAGAACAUCAACAGAUCGCUCUCCGCACUUGGACAGGUCAUUAAUGCACUAACGGACGAAAAGAAAGUUCAUAUACCCUACCGUGAUUCCAAACUCACUCGCAUGCUCCAGGAUUCGCUUGGUGGUAAUGCAAAAACUGGACUGAUUGUCACCAUAUCUGCAUCAGCAGAGAAUGCUUCGGAGACACUGUCAACACUAAAAUUUGGUCAACGAGCAAAGGCCAUAAAAAAUAAGCCCAAGGUCAAUGAACGCAAAUCUGUUGAAGAACUCACGACCCUGCUCCGCAAGGCAGAAGCUGCCAUAGAUAUGCAAUCAGCCUAUAUAAAUGCGCUAGAACUGCAAGUUACUUCAGGCAACGAGACUGGACAUUCUGGUACACCAAAUGGUAGUGAUGCCGAGACUAUGGCCGCAAUACUUCAGCUUCAGCAGCAGAAGAUAUUGUCUCUCACCGAGGAGCUCGCGGAGGAGCAAGCUGAGUCAAAACGAUGCAACAAGGAAGUUCUGGAUCUCACAGCUCUUCUUCACGAGAAAGAAGAGCUCCUGCUUGAUGCCAGAAAUUUCAUGGAGGAGGUCGAGGCGAAGAUGGAAAAGGCAGUCCGUGAGCAGGCGGGAAUGCUCGCCCAAAACAGAUUGCUUGUCAAGGCCAAAGCACGAGUGGAAGAAAAGGCACAUUUCAAAGUAAGGGAACUUGAGCUUCGCCUUGAAAAGGCCAAUGCGGUUGAUGAACGCCUCCGAAAAGAGGAUGCUGAAUAUGCCGUCAUCUCUCAGGGUGCCUCAAGGAGCAGCACAGCCAAGCUUGCCAUCGAAGGUGAGGUAAAUAGCCUCAAACAUCCAUCAACUUUGGAUCAAAUCACACUUCAAAGGCUACCAGAGCACUCAUCGAUGACCAAGCACCUCAAGCUUGAACAUCAACACCGCAAGUUGAUAACUGACCUUAGUGCUCAAUGUGGACUUGUAGAUCAGCUCGAGCGUGAGAUCAAAGGAUCAGCUGUUGGGACAUCCUUAGUCACAAGCAAAGAGGGUCAGCACAUGUGCUCACUUCGACAGCGCCUUGAACAGUUAGUUGCAGUCCAUCGACAGCUACUCCGCAAAUAUGCUGCUCUUGAGCUUAAUCUGGGGGAAGCUACCAAGAUGAUAAUGCUUCGGGACGAGCGCAUUUUCCAACUAGAACAUCAAUCAGAAAAGCGCCAUGAGGGGUUUACUGCGGAGUGCCAGCGUAUGUCUGCCCUAAUGAACGACCUGGAUCUGAAGCUACUGAACAAAAAAACAAGAGUCGAAAAGGUCCUGGCUCGGCCCCGCACCUUGCGUGGAGGGCAAAAGGAUGCGCGAGCGCAUGCACAGAAAGCUGCAAUCUGGUGGAACAAUGAGCUUAGCUCGGCCAGUCAGGCUGAUCUCCUGGGUCAUAGCUCCAUAGCUAAAGCGUCUUAGCCAGGAGGCAAGGUUAGCUGGCCGUAUUGCAUCAAUGGUGAUAGGUAAGCGCCAGACGGCUCGCAGAUAUAUGCAGCCUCAAAUGAAAUGACCCGCCAAGCCAGCAUGCACUUUGGUGAGACUUACUUUCUUCCCGGCGGCUUCAUCAAAUCAGUCGCUCUUGAAUUUCGCUAUUAAUCGUAAUACGACCUAUGAGACCACAGCGAGCAAUUAUCAAUGCCGCGUGUGGCCGCUGCGAACUUAGCUGCAGCCUGAUCGAGCUUUGACGACCACUAGAAUCAGCUUACAGUUCGCGCGGCGUUUGGUAUCUUGGCGUCGGGGUGUGACGGAAAAUCUGCACCAUGCCCCCCUAGGCUGGCGCUGGGCUGGCGCUGGGCUGGCGUG